AUGUUUAUAUUUGCAGCAAAAAGGCAUCUGCAUUCAGAGGAUGUGAUUCGGCUACAUGAAUUCCAGCAAAGAAAAGUAGCUGUUGCUCAUCAGAUAUAUGGAGACAAAGAUCACUAUUUUCAGACCCUGGAUAAAAGGCUGCAGAGGAAUGAGCUUGUCCUUAAAGAUGAAUUAAAACUGGUCUUGCAUUUAUGCCAGACCCCAGAAGAUGUAGAAGUAGCCAAGAAUGCCAUUUACAGGUACCAUGAGGAAAAUGUAAAUGUGGCGUUUGGAGAGUUUAAGUUCGGACCCCUCUUUAUGAGGUUGUGUUAUGAGUUAGGACUGGAAGAGACUGCAGCAGAGCUGGUGAAAGACAAGGCUCUGAAAGGAUUCUUUUCAGAUUAAACUUCCUUCAACAUUGUCAUGGACAUGUUGUUCAUAAAAGGAUAUUAUGACAGUAAGCAAUCAAUAAGACUAUUGAAUAGCAGUUUUACCCAUUCCAGUUUGGAGAACACUGCAGAGUCCUACAGAAUCUGCACUCUAAUACUGGAGGAGACCCAGAGUAAAGGAAAGCACGUUCCUCGACAUGCCUUCUUCUUUGCAAUUGCUCUUGCACUUAAACAGGAGGACAUUGAGAGAGCCCGCUCACUCUAUUUGCAGAUUAUGAACACCGAAAGCAAAAUUUGCCUAAAUCUUAAAGUUUUACUACUGGGCUUGUCAGGGGCUCUGAAGGACCUUCUGUCCUUUCUGGAGUCAUCGAUAGUGGCAGACACUCCUGCAUUCGUCAAGAAGCCAGCCUUUUCUCAAGAGGUGCUUGAGAUGGUCCGAGAGAAGAUGGAGGACAGCAGUCACCUGCACAGUCGAUUAGAGGACAUCUCUGCUAAGCUGCGUCUGUCCGGUCAGGUCACUGAUGUGACUCUGGAUAUAAUGCUGUGUCAUACUCCUAAUGCGAAGAAGAAACAUGCGGCUUUGCUGGAUCAGAGGAGAAUCAGCCGAAGGACAUUCAGACCCCUGCAGUCAGCACUUCUGAUUGAGUAGCUGCAUGAAGCCCCCACCUUGAGACCCUGCGCUGACCACGCGUUUCAAUCCAUUUCACAAGUGAGAGCAGACUCGCCAAACUGCUUUAAGUAGAAACUCAGGAAUAAACUUUGUAGGAAUGUGUUUCAAGAGCCCUCAAUGUUCUUGGGUUGUUUAUUUUGUUGUUUUUGUUUGUUUGCUUUCAUCCCGGAGCGAAGCAGUAAUAAUGCCGCGUUCAGGUAGGAUUACGGAAGUGACGUGUCUUAAGGGUUAGUCUGGGAAUGCAGAGGAAUCCCUCUGGAAAUGGCUGAUGAGGAGUCUUAUAAAAUAAUAGUUAACACUACAAAUGAAGGGAUUAUUGACCAUCAUAUUCCUUCAACUUGAAUCCAUUUCAGAAUGACUGGUCUUUUUGGAAAAAUGAUUAUGUUGGUUGAAUCGAAGACGUAAGCAUGAAGUUAAUGGGUCAAAAUUAAAAUUUCCUGUACCUGGAUAUAUAAUGGUCUCCUGUUGUCUCAUAGGGGGGAUAGACAAGGUUAACUAUUGUUAAUUUCUUUAUUCACCACAAAACCCAAGCAUGCAUUUUCCCAUCAACGCAUCCCUUUACAAUGUUGGUUAUGGGUUUCACUUCAUUAUCACAUAGGACACAAUUACCUAAUUUGGCAGCAGCCUGUAUGUCGCUGUACGUUUUUUAAAUGUGUGGGAGACAUCCUCUGAAGUUUUGAGGCUACUGCCAAGGCCAACAAACAGAAAGAGGAGGAAAUGAGAACUUCUUCUUUGUGUUCUUAGUUUCAUCCUUGUUAUUGGCUUUCCACGCCAGUGACAGAAACAGAGAAACAGAGAUGAUGCACGUGUGAAGAGAAACGGCAGCACCGAACACUCAUCUGUUAAUGCUACCUUUACCGAUCGAUGGAGAACUCAAAACAAAAAAGGGGAAGACAGUAGGGCUUUGUGGCUGGGAGUUGUGGUCAUCCUAUUUUAACAACAACUACAUUAAAGAUCACUUGGUAGCAAGUAUUAUAUGGAGCUACACAUGUACAAAUAUCACUCAAAAAACGGUGGCAAUAAGUUGACUAUCUUUAAAACAGAAAGUGUUAAUGCAGCAGCCUGUUCUGCAGUGGAACACAAACAGCCAAUCAGUACAGUCGGCUGCCGUACACAUUGUAAUAAUCAAACCAUAAGAAAGCUGUGUAAGGUUUUAUAUCAAUUGUAAUAGUGUUAUACCCCGUUAAAUGGCAGAGAAGUGAGGAGUCAUUGAGGCUGUCUCCUCGCAGCAAAAGGCACCUGCAUAUCUGAAGAGUCAGGUUGACAGACUGGUUCUUUUCUGGGUCAAAGAGCCCUUGUGAUCUUGGGUGGAUGACCCCUUUUUACAAAUUGUUGUUUCUACUUUAAAAGUGGAUUUUGAGCACAGGUGUGAACUACAAUCAACCCAACUGAAACUGGUGCUCACACACAGCUUCAGCUAAAGGGGUCGUCACGGGGCUGGGAGUUUUGAACCCUGCUACCUGUAGGUUUUGACCUGCGGUAUUUGUUGUUCAAGAUUGUACCUGCAGCUUCUGCAUGUGAUUGCAUUCUGUACUGUCUUUUGA